UGCAGCCCUCCCUUUACCCAAACCCCUGUUCCUGGAAGGAAGACCCACCCCAAAGACAGUCUUGAUUGCAUGGAUUUCGACAUCCCAUUCUGCGAGAGGUAUGGGAAAGGUGGGACCUUCCCAAGGCAGUACCACCUCUCCCAAAGUCGCAAGGACUACAGUGACGGCCGGAGGACUUUCCCCAGGAGUUACUUCCCACAGGAGAACCUGUUUCAGCUUGUCCCUUCUAGCCGAACCAAGAGCUUUAAUGGGGACAGCAAGCUCAGCACCUUGCAGUACGAUGAGUACAGGCCCAAAAGGUGGAACAAUUGUGAAAAAGGUCUGCAGGUCUUCAGCACCUCCCCUACAAAAGCUAGGAACUCUCUGCAGGCACCUGUGAACUGGAGGCUGGGGAAGCUGCUUGGAAGAGGAGCUUUUGGGGAAGUUUAUCUCUGCUAUGAUGCUGACACUGGCCGGGAGCUGUCAGUGAAGCAGGUGCCUUUCGACCCUGACAGUCAGGAGACAAGUAAAGAGGUGAAUGCCUUAGAAUGUGAGAUUCAGCUGUUGAAGACUCUCCGUCACGACAGGAUAGUGCAGUACUACGGAUGCUUGCGCGAUCCUGAGGAGAAGAAACUGUCUAUCUUUGUUGAAUACAUGCCAGGGGGCUCAAUAAAGGACCAGCUGAAAGCUUACGGUGCUCUGACCGAGAACGUCACACGGAAGUACACCAGGCAGAUCCUGCAGGGAGUCUUCUACUUACACAGCAAUAUGAUUGUCCACAGGGACAUUAAAGGUGCCAAUAUUUUGAGAGAUUCUGCUGGAAAUGUGAAACUUGGAGAUUUUGGGGCCAGCAAACGCAUCCAGACCAUCUGCAUGUCUGGGACUGGGAUUAAAUCUGUGACAGGAACACCGUACUGGAUGAGCCCAGAGGUUAUCAGUGGAGAGGGCUACGGAAGGAAAGCUGAUGUGUGGAGCGUGGCCUGCACCGUGGUGGAGAUGUUAACGGAGAAGCCACCGUGGGCAGAAUUCGAAGCCAUGGCGGCUAUUUUUAAAAUCGCCACCCAGCCGACCAACCCCCAGCUCCCCGACGGCGUCUCCAACUCCUGCCGCAACUUCCUCAAGCAGAUCUUCGUGGAGGAGAAGCGGAGGCCGACGGCCGAGGACCUGCUGAGACACCCCUUCGUCAACUGCGGGCUCUGA